AUGUCAGAAAGGAAAGAAGUGAAGAUGAGCCACCACCUGGUUGUCGUGCCCACCCUGCGGAUACGUGAAUCAAAGACCACAUUGCUGGAUGCACUGGAAAAAUUCAGGAACAAGGAAAUGAACAGGAAAAGUUUAUUCACGCUCAUUGAGCGUAGAAUGGUCAAAGAUGACAUCACCAGAAUCCUGAAGGCCAAUGCAAUUCCAAAUGUUACAGUAAAAGGCACUCUAUGUCAAAAACUGACUCAACUCAUUGAAAAUGGACCAGUUGCAAAAGAAACCCAAAAUUCUAGCUCUGCAACUGCAAGUGCUGCUGGUGAUCUUGAUGUUACACAACACAAAAAAUACCCCUCGAAUCUGGCUGUAUGUGACAGUACCCUUACCCCUCUUCCAGACAAAGUGCGCCUGCUUGAAAGUGACCUGAAAGAUUGGAAGACAGACUGUAAAUGUGAAGCAAACAAAGACGCCCUGCUGAGCACAAUUGACCAGACCCUCCCUGGUUGGCUCCUAGGAUUGCUAGCAUGUGCCUGUGACUCGCGUCUACCUGUCCUUGUCAUCUUGCUGUUUGAUUUUGGAGAAAGGAAUUUGCAGAGUGGCUGCAGAAAUAGGCUCCUCUUGCAGCUAAGCAACCGCUUCCAUGAGUUCAAUGCGCAGCACAAAGCGUGUUCAAUUUCUUCCAAGAUCUCACUGUCUGUUGCCACACGCCCAAGGAGGUCACAAAAUGAGAACAUGGUCAACAUUGUCCACAUGCCAAGCCAAAGUGGUGCUCUAGAUGCUAUCAACCAGAUGUCUGCAGAAUUCAGCCAAAACCUGCUCAACUUCUUCAGCAGGGGCAACAAAGUUGGUGAUGGAAGAAGGAUUGAAGAUUUGGUGUCGGAAACUCCAGGAAAGUGUCAAGUCUUACAGGAAUGUUGCAUUUGCUUUGAGGAAGCUCGUGAUGUCGCUUUCAAUCCCUGCGGCCACGCUGUCUGCUGCAAAAAGUGUGCUCAAAAGUUGUCCAAGUGCCCCAUAUGCCUUAAAAAGAUUGUGAACAAAAUUGAGCUGUAUUUCUCUUAAAUGAUGUCGUCUGAGACGAAGUGUCAUAUCUGUAUUAUGAUAUUGUUAUCUAAUAGCUAAAUAAUUAUAUGAUUCUACCAAAGGCUGAAAGGUGAUAUGAUUUAAAAAUGAAUUUGCUAGAUGCUGCUAAUCUCGUCACUGUAGCUUGUGUUUCUAAAAUUUUAAUUUGUCUACCCAAACCGGACUUGCUUAAGUUUCCAAAUUUCUGAUGUAGCCCUUACUGUAAAUUUAAAUUAAAAAUCUCACGGUUUCUUAAUCAUAGCAUUUCAGAUUUUGAUAUCCUUACCAAAUUUGAGAUGGGUGUAACUUGAUUUUGCAUUUCAGCCUGGUAGCGGUAAAAUUGCGCAACUUUAAACAACCAAACGCGAAUUUCCUUGAUGCAAGAAAAGGGCAACAAUCAAUUCUACACUGAAAAUUUGGGUGUUGAGCUAUGCGCAAUUUUUCCACGACCAGGACGAUUUAAAGCUUUUUAGUUGGUAUCUUGAAAUAAUAUGUCAUCUAGAGUAUAACUCAUCAUUUUUAUUCCUUGUCAUUAAAUGGGAUCAAUCUAUGGCGGUAACCCUAAUUUAUCUGCGUGAAAAUUUGUGCAAAAUAAUCAUAAAUCAUUCUUCUUGUGUAUAACGUUAUAAUACAUUGUCCGAUCACGCACGUUUUCUUGAAAUAAGAAUGUUUGUUUUGCCUUGUUUUCCCGCCUUUGGUUGUGCAAAGUUUACUAACUGCUAGAGAUUAAAAAUGCAUAAUAAUAAAA